AUGGUCCUUGUCGGCAACAAGUGCGAUCUCGAGGACGACCGCAUCGUCGAGAAGGAGCAGGGUGACGCCAAGGCCAAGGAGUGGUCGUGCACCUUUAUGGAGUGCUCGGCCAAGACCCGCUACAACAUCGACGAGAUCUUCGACGACGUUGUCGGCCAGAUCAACCUCUCCGAGCCGGCGCCCAAGACCAAGAAGAAGGGUGGCUGCGCCCUCCUCUAA